UCCUAUCAAUUUAAGUCGACAGCAAAAGCAUACUAUUUCAUAAUUCAUCUUCAACUUCCACCUGUGAACUUUUCCAACGAAGAUUUUCCGCACUUCUAUACCAUAUGACCACUACCACCCAAUCUUGACAAUUGACAUUUUCUUCUCCUUCUUCUUCUAUUCUUUUUCUGUCUCUUUCUUUCUCUCUUCUCUGCAUAUUCAUAGAAACUGUUCCAAUUUUACACCUAACUCUAUAACCCUUCACUUAAAUUUUCCAGAUUAUACCAAAUCACCCAAUUAAUUCUAUUUCUGUAAUCUCCUCAUUUUCUCCACAAACUUUCCCCGUUUAAUUUCAAUUAUGCAUUUUCCAACUUAAUUUAAAACGUGUACGUUCUUUUUUGGUUGCAAAUUUAAUGCAUUUCAAUCUAACUUACUUCUAAUUCAUGUCCCUUUCAUUUUUUUUUCGUUUAUACACUUUACAUACUAAAUUUUAUCAGUUUUCUUUUUGAUUUUCAUCUAAAUUUUGCUGUCAUUAGUUUGAUCUUAUCAUCUUAGUGUCAAAUAAUUAAUUUUUAGGAUAAUACCCAUUUGUUCAAAUUUUAAUUUUUUAUCCUCAAUAAUCAUUCUUGUUUACAAAAAAAUUUAAUUUUUUGGAGUAAAAAAUUGAUUUUUGGAGUAGGGUAUUAAGCAAUCCCUAAAUCUGGGGAAUGUUUUCUUAUCUGUUUCUCAAUCUCAAUAAACAAAAUUCCCCCUUUUUAUUUCAUGUCAUAAACUCUCUCAUUGAUUUAUGUAUCUUUAAUUGUUCAUCUCUCCCUUUUUGAUCAUAUCACCUACUUUUCUUGAAAGUUUUAAUUUUUUUAAUUCUGAAAUUGUUUGGUGAAAUGGGUUGUGCUAGUUCAAAGCAAUCAAGAUGUAAGCAUUGCAAAACACAAUAUUCUCCAAUGACAAGAAGAAGUUUUUCAAUGAAUGUUCAUCAUCCACCAGAGAAGAAAGGGGAUAGCUAUCAUGUUGUUGCUCUUACUUCCUCCACUUUAGGCUCAAUCAAGCUUGACCAACCAAUUGAUUUGAUUUAUGGGAUGGAAAAUUGGGAUAAUUCUGAUGAACAGGAAUUAAAUCAUGUUGAUCUUGAUAAGAAAAGUCAAAUUGAUGAUGAUAUUAGAAGAAAUCAAGAAGUGGGUAUUGAAAAAAACAAAGAAUUUGAAUUGGGGAUGAUUGAAGCAAAAGCUUGGUCUAAGAUGAUUGAUGAAAAAAUUAUUAGGGUUGUUCCUAAAACCCCAAUUAGAACACCUCCUGGUGAACCUGAAACCAUCAAUGUUCAUGAAUUAAUGGAAGGUCUUGAUGAUAGUAGUCCUCUUAGGUUAGGACAACAUCAUCUUAGGAGCUUUUCAUUUCAUGUUUCAGCUGAUUCAAUACACCCUCUUGUUGAUUCUCCAAGAAUUGAUGGAUUUCAGCAAAAUAUGUUAGAAUGCCCUAAGAAUGUAAAGCCUUGGUUUGAUUGUGCUGAGAAAGAUGAUGAUUUGAGUAAUGAAAAUCCAAUUUCAAAAGCUUUAGCUUCUGAUUUUGAUCCAGAAGUUAUUGCUGUAUUUAGGAAAGCACUUGAAGAAUUGUCUCCUACAAACCCAUUUCAUCUAAAACCUAGUGAUGUCGUUCGAGAUAAUGAAAACCAACAAGUGAUUCAAAAUCAUUACAAUGGAGAAGAAAAGAAGAUUAAUGGGUAUUUAACAGAUGAAAAGUUGCUUAAUGGGUUUGUUGAUGUUAAUGGUUUUGUGGACAGGAUAAUUUCUGAGAAGGACGAUAGUUUCAGUGUAUCUGAUAAUGGAGACACGCAAACUAUAGAGGAAGGAAAUGUGGAUUGUCCUACAAAGGAGAGAGUGAUUUUUUACUUCACUAGUCUGAGAGGGGUGAGGAGAACAUAUGAGAAUUGUUGUUAUGUUAGAUUAGUCCUUAAAGGGUUGGGUGUUAGGGUAGACGAAAGGGAUGUAUCGAUGCACUCGGGUUUUAAGGAAGAGUUGAGGGAGCUAUUAGGUGAUCAAGCGUUUAAGGAUGGAUUGCCUAAGGUUUUCAUUGGUGAAAGGUACAUUGGCGGAGUUGAGGAGAUACGAAAAAUGCACGAAGAUGGAGAACUCGAAAAAAUUGUAGAACAUUGUGAAAGGUUAGAUGAUGAUGGUGGUAAUCUAGUAGAUGUUUGUGAAGCUUGUGGUGAUAUUAGGUUCGUUCCGUGUGAAACAUGCUCAGGAAGCUGUAAAAUUUACUAUGAAUGUGAGGAAGAGGAGGAAGAGUAUGAAGAAGAUGAGUAUGGAUUUCAAAGAUGUCCUGAUUGCAAUGAAAAUGGCCUCGUUCGAUGCCCGAUUUGUUGCUAUUAAGCUAGGAGUACUAAUGUUUGAGGUAAAAUCGACCGAAUUCUUCUAGUCCGUCCAUUGAAGGGAAUACGGGUAUGGAUUGUCUGUCACAUCCUCUCACCCAAACACUGCUUUCGACCGGGAUAUUGGGUAUGAUAAUGAUGGUGAAGAAGAACGUAGGAGUACUACAUUUGGUAAAGAUGGAUUUACCAUUUCUUGUUAUUGUUCAAAAAUCAAAAAAUUUUGUUGUGUUGAUGAGAUGUUUGUUGUAUAGUAGGAAGAGUGUGAUAUGCCAUAACAAGGUGAAUUAAAGAUGAAUGAAGAUAAUAUGCUGACUAGUGUCUUUUUACAAGGGUAAUUACAACCCCUAGUCAUUUUGAUUUGUCUGUCAUAGAUUGUAAUACUUCUAUUACUGAACUGUAUGUUUGUAUCUAUGAUCUAUAAAAGAUCAGUUAUCA